UUUUCCAUAAAACUUCCCGUAAAUACUUAACUAUGUUUAUGAAUUGAAAGAGAAGAAAAAGAUGGGUAAAAUAACUGAUGGACGGAGAAAUGAAGAUGUAAACUGGACCAUUGGGUUCCUAAGUCAUAGAUCAUGACAGCAAAACAGGCUUUUAUAUCAUUUUUUGGUAUUUUACUCCUCACGGAUAUUUUUUCUUAUCCCAUAUACAUGCUCUGAUAACUUCCCUGAAUUUUAAAUUUAAUAUGGGUUAUUAACCAAACUUGUAAGGUCAAUACGGCUGGAUAUUGGCUCAUCUUCUGCAACUUUUCCCUUUUAGGGUGGGGUAAGGUGAAACAUCCAGGAGGCUCCUACCACAAACUUCAACAGGCCCAGCUCCCGCUCGUCUCCAAUGCCGAAUGCUCCGCGAAGCUUGCUGUGUCACCUGUGGCGGGAAGAUUGAACAUUACCCGUCAAAUGGUUCGCGCCGGAGAUCUGGAUCCCAGUGAUAUGCAAGGUGGCUACCAUGGUGACAGUGGUGGACCAUUUGUCUGCAAGGACUCGACAUCCGGGAAGUUUGUCCUAGAGGGUGCGGUCAGUUGAGGCUCUUCGAAUUGUAACUUUGUUCAGCAGAGCAAACAGUGCACAGUGUUCGCUCGUGUCAGCGAGUUUCGCGACUGGAUUGAUCAACAAAUUGUCCUGAACUGAAGCAAUCAUACAACCGUAUUCACAGGGAUUUGACAAAAUUAAUACAUUAUAUAGACCGGUUUGACUGUUGAUAGCCGACGUUCCGCAAAAACAAAUCGUCUCUUUUGAAACUGCAUAUUUUCUUGAGAAUAAACGGAUUAGAAGGCAGUGAGUGUAAUAUCUCUUAUUCUCUUAACCGAAAGGUAAUUCCCUUCAUUACAUCUCGAUCCCAGCCUUCUAAUAAUACCCACCCCUCCCCGCCCCCCGCCUCAAAACGGGUUUUGUUUCCCAAAUAGCUCUCAGUGUUACCAUGGUGAUCUUGAUGAUUCGGCAAACGUUCGCCGUUUAGCCGUUUACACAGCAAAGUAAGAGAUAAUAUUUCUGUUUGCUACUAAUAGGAUUUUUUCCCUACUCUUGUGUUACUUGAUUUUAAGAUUAGAGCAAAAGAAAACAAAAUCAUGGCAAUUUUCCCGGGUUUUGUUUUUCGGUGUUUUUUUUUUUUUUAAGUCAUUCUUAAAGUCACCAAUUUCUGCGAUGUACGUAACUGAUGCCAAAUUACAAAACGUAAUGACAACGAGAAUGACAACCUCGCGACAAUCGAAUGGGGAAAAGAGAAAAACUAUAAGAAAAGAGCGAGACCGCCUCAAGUAGACACCAUUACGAUGGUCGAUUUAAUGAAAGGAGCAAAAAAGUCAAGUGCAAAAAGGUUUUUUAUCGUACAUAUAAUUUCCGUGCAAAUAUUUGACGGUCCUUACAUGCUGUAAGCUUUCCGAUUUCCGGAGACUUUACCGGGUUAAGACAAAGUCGCGGGCAGACUUUCAAAUUUCAGUUACAGUGCAUGGUGUAAAGCUCAUGUUUAAGUAACAAAAAUAAACCCACAAUAUAUUAAGGCAAGCUUUGUAAAAAUAUGCUGGCAAUCAAAAGUGCAACAAAUGUCCCGACGAAGAUUUAUAGCAUCCGAUGGUUUUACACUCUUUUGGAUUCACAUAUGGAAUAUAAAAAUAUUUGUUUAAUCUACGCAUAAAACAAAGUUUAAGAAGCGUUGUGGUAGAAUACGUGGCAUGCAAAUUGAGGCUUUCAAGCGACACAUAAUUUACACAUGUCUCUUCGUUUUCUUUGGUUUUUUUUUUUUCUAUUAUUUUCAGAGAUGGCAGUCUGCUAAGUCUGCCCUUGGGACGCGGUACAUCUCCGAGCGACAGGUCGAAUCUCCUGAAGUGUCCUUGAUUUGAUUGACAACAGCAUGGGUUAUCCUAAGGAAGAAAAAAGAGUUUCUUGGAAAACACCAUAAACUCUUUGUAGCCUAAAUUGUAUUUUCUUUUCUUUAAUCAAAACAGAAAAAUUUGCAUCUUCUUCCGGGCCGAAUAUUCAGCUUUUGGUAAACACAUGGAAAAUUAAACAAAUUGCUCUCCAUGCCGAAUGCAAAUUUUGGAAUAUCCCCCAGGUUGAAGAUUAUAAAUCAAUAUUGCACUUCGUUAACUGAUCGAAACGAUAGCAAUUCCUUUGAAACGUCGGUGUAACUGGAAGUCAACAAAACAAACAACAAAAAAACACACUGCGUCCUAUUUAACAACGUACGUUCACCAAUAUCGUUUAAUUGUUUCCGCUGCUAAAUGUUAUCCGCGUCGUAUUGCUGAACACGUACAUAUGUACGUAAAAUUAAGCCAAGGUUUCAGUCACGCAAGUCUCUCUUUCUUGUUGAUUCGGCAGCGGUACUUUAAAAACAUGGACGACUCGCGACGAGAAGCACAGCGUUCCGACAGGUCUGAUACCGGCGAUAUUGCCUUGGCGGUCUUUUACGCCGUUGUGAUAUUAAUCGGAAUCUUUGGCAACUCGUUGGUCAUUGCAGUGGUAUGGAAAACGAAGACGAUGCACUCGACGACGAACUACUUGCUAGUGAAUUUGGCAACGAGCGAUAUUCUCGUCUUGUUAUGGUGCCCUGGUACCUACAACUUUGCUGUCGUUGGCUCCUUCCCUGAAGGACAGUUGGGCGACUAUUUGUGUAGAUUUUUCACUGGCGAUCCUAUGGACACGCUUUGUCUGGGUGUUACGAUUUUCACGCUAACUGUGUUGGCUGUAGAGCGCCACCAAGCGCUUGUCACACCCAUGACGGCAAAGUACACCCUCACCAAGAAAACUGUAAUUUACGCCAUCGCUGCAACAUGGAUUAUCUCGAUGCUGAUAAGCGUCCCAGAUUUCAUUUUCACUCACGUCGACCGCACAACAGGGAAAUGCGUGUCUCCACUUGGUCCAGAAGUGGAUGUACGUAGCGGCAAAGCUACCUAUGUUAUCAUAGCCAUCAGUUUGUAUAUCUUCGUACCUCUCGUGAUUAUAACGUUCUGUUACUUUCAGAUUCUACGGGGAAUGUUCAUAACUCGCACCAUCUGCGCGGGACCAGCGAACGGAAAUGCCGAGAAAAAAAAGCUCGCCAUUCUUAUAAUUGCUGUGACGGUUGUGUUUUACAUCCUGUUUCUACCUUUCGCAAUAUUUGUGCUACACGUUGCGUUGAGAAAACAUUUUACUACAGAGCAUGGAGAAAACCAAACUGAAUUGACCGUGUUAAAAGUUCUAACUUUUCUGAUCGUUGCGAACAGUUCUCUGAAUCCUGUGCUUUACGCGUUUCAAAGCGAAAAUUACCGGAAGGCUUUCAGGAGUUUGUUUUGUUCGGAUAACUCUGUAGUUCAAAUACAACGUUUUUCUCUGCGGGAGAAAUCUCACACGAAGGUUCACCGUGUUAAUAUGGUGCAGCCUAAUGAACGAGUAUGAUACUGAGUUGAUGGAAACAAAUGAGAAUUUGUCAAACGUGUUCAGUAGUUUAAUUUGGUCUAGCCUUUUCAGAAUAUAACUUUGAAAUAGUAGCGCUUUUUUUCAACACGAAAUGAACUUUCCUUCUGGAAAGUGCAAGUAUAAAGCUAUUCAUGGCAUUUAUUUCAUUCA